CCUGCUGUUGUGCUUAUUGUCGUUCGACUGAUUUCUCUACACAUUUUUGCUCCUGCUUUGAAUAAAAUUUGCAGACGAUGUCUUUUGUACCCUCGGUGGCCUGUUUUAUUCUCUUGCCUGUUGCCUAUCUUCAAAUAAUGGAAGACGAUCCAGGUUCGCCCCUUCCUCGUUGCCGGACACGACUCGACUGUCUUACACCUUGGCUAUUAUCAAGAGUACCAUUGACCUCUCCUAUAACAAGUUGUCGAAUUGCUCAUCUGAAACGGCAUACAAAUAAGCAGAGCAAGAAAACUCAUGGGAGCUUUACCGAUGAGCUGCGUCGCUGGUAUAUACAGUUAGGCACUGUGCUCCGCCAGUCGAACAGGAUUGCCGGAAAAAUAGUUCCAGGGUCGUUGGCAGGUAAAUAUGAAAGCUGAGGCCUCGACCCGACAAUUAUCAGUCCGAAUCAUUUAAGUAGCGAGGUCAAGAACAAGAGCUGGGAGCCAUGUCUGAGUGGGGGCUCGGCCGCAUAACUACAGGAAAAAAUGCGCC